GGCCGCUGCGUGUGCCCGCUCCUCGGCCUCGCGUGGACGUCCUCGCGCCGGAGUUACUGUCCUGUGGAACUUGCUUUUCUAACUGCCGGCUCCUGAGCCGGUGGGGAUGUGAUAGGACCCCAACUGUAACAGUAGGACAUGGGUCAUCUCCCAGCUCCGAACGCACGGGUCAGGAAAGCCCCCAGAGGCCAGCCCCUCCGGAGGGCAGGUGUCUUUUUCUCCGCCCCGCCACCCACGGCUUGCCUGGGGAGGUGCAUCACACGCACAGGCAAGGGACAGCGAUAACACCGUGCCCAGCGAGCUCUUCGUGACACAGCAUGUCCAGGGGCCCACCGGCAGAGGAGGCAGCUAGGAAGGCUCACGGCGACCUCCCACAAUAGCCCUCAGACUUAGGGUUUCCACCUUGAGACCCUCCUCCUAAGCACAGGAGAGGAGAGGCUCGUCCUAACCUGUGGCGGGAUUUCCUCCGUGUCAGUUGUCUGGGUUCGCGCUGCCUACCGAGUGCUUCUGUGUGCUCUGCACUUUACGGGUUCGUCUCCCAAGAGUUUCUUACACCUGGAGACUGGCUCAAGUGGGCCUUUUCAUCCCUCCAUUCUUCCACCAGACGUUUAUUGAGGAACUCAUGCAGGCCAGAUCCUUGCCUGGGCGGGGGACAGCCCAGCGAACCAGGGCAGGUCAGACAAAGCGCCUUCCAUCCUGAGAUUCGGCUGAUACUGACUUUGACCUCAGUGCAGGUCCUAAUCUGAAGGAGUGGCUGAGGGAGCAGUUUUGUGACCAUCCGUUGGAGCACUGUGAGGACACAAGGCUCCAUGAUGCAGCCUACGUGGGGGACCUCCAGACCCUCAGGAGCCUGUUGCAAGAGGACAGCUACCGGAGGUACCAGUAAGAGAGGAAGCCGAGCGGCUCGUCAGUUUUCCAGGCUGCCCCUCACAGCCUGGCUCCCCUAUGUUCUUUCUUAGCCGCAUCAACGAGAAGUCUGUGUGGUGCUGCGGCUGGCUGCCCUGCACACCGCUGAGGAUCGCGGCCACUGCCGGCCACGGCAACUGUGUGGACUUCCUUAUCCGGAAAGGGGCCGAGGUGGACCUCGUGGAUGUAAAGGGACAGACCGCCCUGUACGUGGCUGUGGUGAACGGGCACCUGGAGAGCGCCCAGAUCCUCCUGGAAGCCGGCGCCGACCCCAACGGAAGCCGGCACCACCGUAGCACCCCAGUCUACCACGCCUCGCGGGUGGGCAGGGCUGACAUUCUGAAGGCCCUCAUCAGGUACGGGGCUGACGUUGAUGUCAACCACCACCUGACUCCUGACAUCCGGCCCCCUUUCUCUCGGCGCCUCACCUCCCUGGUGGUCUGCCCCUUGUACAUCAGCGCGGCCUACCACAACCUCCAGUGCUUCAAGCUGCUUCUCCAGGCGGGGGCGAACCCCGACUUCAACUGCAAUGGCCCCGUCAACACGCAGGGCUUCUACAGGGGCUCCCCCGGCUGCGUCAUGGACGCCGUCCUGCGCCACGGCUGCGAGGCCGCCUUCGUGAGCCUGCUCGUGGAGUUUGGAGCCAACCUGAGCCUGGUGACGUGGGACUCCUUGGGCCCGGAGUCGAGAGGCAGAAGGAAGGUGGACCCCGAGGCACUGCAGGUCUUUAAAGAGGCCAGAAGUGUCCCCAGGACCUUGCUGCACCUGUGCCGGGUGGCUGUGAGAAGAGCUCUUGGCAAAUACCGACUCCAUCUGAUUCCCUCGCUGCCUCUGCCGGACCCCAUAAAAAAGUUUCUGCUCUACGAGUAGAGCUCAGAUGCAGCGGUCGACUGCGCGAAGAGGAAGGUGACUGCGGUGAAAGCGGACCCCGGGUCCUGCCCCUGUGAACCAACCACCCCCUGUCCUCUGACCAAGUCCCAUUUGGCUGUUGGUAAAGCAGAAACGGCCUUGUUCCCACGGCUUGUAACUCCAUCUCGGGUGCUUGGGGCACCGGACAGUCCUUGGGUCAUUGUCGGCUGGAAAGUUCAUACAAAACCUAAUUUCGCUCUUC